AAGUAUCUUUUCCACUGGGCUGGAUCUCAUGUUUGUGGAUCUUCAUUCACAUCAGAAGGUUUUUGAACAGCAAAGCAGCAGCACGUUCUGGACGAUCACAUUCUGACGAAUCCAACACUAAACUGGGAAGAUGAGGCUUUGUUUUCUCUUCUGUGUUUUCUGUCUGAUGGUUCCCCUGAGCCUCAGUCAGCUGCCGGGUCCCGCUGGUCCGAAAGGUGACAGAGGAUUUCCUGGACCACCUGGAGAACCUGGAGCACCUGGAGCAUAUGGAGCACCAGGGUUUCCUGGAAGUAAGGGAGAAAGAGGAGAAUCUGGGUCUCAUGGACCAGCUGGACCACGAGGAGUACCUGGACGACCUGGACCCGUUGGCGUGUGUGGACGAGAAAUCUUUCAUCCUUUCAUACGGGAUAUUGAGGAACAGAUGAAGAUCACCGCUAAGCUGGACCUUGCUAUAACCUUUGACUUUGUGAGGAAGGUGGGUCAGAAAUACUUUGUGUCCAACAAGGAGAGAGGAUCUUUCCAGAAGGCUGCAGAUUUCUGCGACCAACGAGGCUUGGAGCUGGCUCUGCCCCAGAGUGAGGAGGAGAACCACAUGCUGCUUCAGCUGAUGGGUCAACAUGAGAAAAGAGCCUGGAUCAACAUCAACAUGAGAAAAGCAGAAGGGAACUUCCAGUCCGACAUGAAAAAUCGACCUCUGACCUUUACUAAGUGGGGAGAAAGACAGCCGGAUCAGAGCAUUCAGGACAGCGGCUGCAGCAUGGCAGCUGAAGACGGCACCUGGAGAGUGACACCAGACUGUUCUCUGGACGCUGACAUCAUCUGUCAGCUGUAGAAAGAUCAUCCACCAGGCAGCUGCCUGAGUAAUCUAGAUAUGACUUUAGCUAACCUUUGUUAUGCGGUGCUUCAGCCUUUUUACAACUUAAUCCAGAUUAGUGCAUUCAGACUGCUUUCAUCACUCAGUCCUGUUCUGCUCGUCCUGGUGGAGUUUAUCCACACUCAGUCUAAUAACUAUUUCACAGAUCCUGUACAUAUGACAGAAUAUAUUUACGUGUUUAUACUUAAUAAAGUUAAGUAUGAAUUGAUUUUUUUAAUGAAUUUUUUAAUAGUAUAUUAAUAGUCAUUAGUGGAACUCAAUGUGAAACAUACGGUAUACACUUUUAUUAAGUUUCAUUCUUUAUCAUUAGUAAAGAUUUGACUGACAGA